UAGACGAAACCUUAAUACAUUCACAACAUGAUGCAAUGCCUAGAAACACUGUUAAACCAGGAACACCUCAUGAUUUUACUGUAAAAGUAACAAUAGAUCGACAUUUAGUUCGUUUUUUUGUGCAUAAACGCCCGCAUGUUGACUUUUUUCUGGAUGUGGUUUCACAAUGGUAUGAUUUAGUCAUAUUUACCGCUAGUAUGGAAAUUUAUGGAGCCGCCGUAGCUGACAAAUUGGAUAAUGGAAGAAAUAUAUUUCUAAGAAGAUAUUAUCGACAACAUUGUACACCGGAUUUUGGUUCAUACACAAAAGACUUAUCAGCAAUAUGCAGUGAUUUAAAUCGUGUAUUUAUAAUAGACAACUCUCCAGGUGCUUAUCGAUGUUUUCCAAAUAAUGCAAUUCCAAUAAAAAGUUGGUUUUCGGACCCUACAGAUGUAUCACUUUUAUCAUUGCUAUCAAUUUUAGAGGGAUUAAGGUUUACAAACGACGUUAGAUCAGUUUUAUCUAGAAAUUUACAUUUACAUCGUUUAUGGUAGCAUAUUGGUUUGCUUUAAGUAUAAAUAGGAAACUUUUUAUUAGAAAAUAAUUUUUUUAUUAAAAUAGUAAAUAUUUUUAUUUUUAUUUAAUC